CUGGUCUAAGUCCAAAUGGAGGCGGAGCUCCGUGCCCGCGCCGCCGCCCCGCCAGCCAAGGAGCGGGACACGCCGCCGCCCUCCCCCGCCGCCGCCGCGGAGGAGGACGCGCCGCUCCUCCCGGGCGACGGCGGCGUCCGGCGGCGGGCGAUGAGGGAGCGGUUCGCCCAGCGCAGCGACUCCUUCCGCCGGGAGGUCGGCCGCGCGGCCGCCGAGACCUUCCUCCUCACCCGCCUCACGCUCACCCUCCUCCGCUACCUCGGGAUAGGCUACAGAUGGAUCCGCCAGUUCCUAGCCCUCUGCUGUUAUGCUCUAUUGCUCAUGCCUGGUUUUAUUCAAGUUUUAUACUAUUACUUCUUCUCAAGACAAGUUCAUAGGAGUGUUGUAUACGGAGAACAACCAAGAAACAGAUUGGAUUUGUAUAUACCAGCUGGCACAACAGGGUUGAAGCCGGUCGUGGCAUUCGUCACUGGUGGAGCAUGGAUCAUAGGGUACAAAGGAUGGGGUGCUCUUUUAGGAAGACGCUUGGCAGAAAGGGGCAUCUUAGUUGCAUGUAUUGAUUACAGAAACUUUCCUCAGGGUACCAUUGGUGACAUGGUAGAAGAUGUAUCCCAAGGAAUCUCAUUUGUCUGCAACAAUAUAGCUAGAUAUGGAGGUGAUCCUGAAAGGAUUUAUCUUGUUGGACAAUCUGCUGGUGCACAUAUUGCUGCGUGUACUCUCGUAAAUCAAGCUAUUAAAGAAUGUGGUGAAGGAGAUACUUCCAAUUGGAGUGUUGGGCAACUAAAAGCUUACUUCGGUAUUUCUGGCGGUUAUAAUCUUCUCAACUUGGUUGAUCAUUUCCAUAGGCGUGGUCUGUACCGAUCCGUCUUUCUCAGCAUUAUGGAAGGUCAGGAAUCCUUGAGGAAAUUUUCUCCGCAAGUGUUGGUUAAGGACGCAGCUGUUAGAUCUGCAGUUCCUCUAUUGCCCCAUAUCAUCCUUCUCCACGGGACAAGUGAUUGUUCAAUGCCGUGUGCUGAAAGUGAAGCUUUCCUUGAUGCUUUACAACAGCGUGGUGCUAAAGUGGAUCUGUUCUUAUAUGAAGGAAAGACACAUACUGAUUUAUUUCUUCAGGAUCCUCUUCGGGGCGGUAGGGAUAAGAUGCUGGAAGAGAUUGUCGCCACGAUACAUAAGGAUGAUCCAAGCGAGUCAACCCAGGACCUUGCUGUGCCAGUUGCACGCCGUCUUGUUCCUGAAUUCAUGCUGAUGCUUGCUGGGAGAGUAAGCCCUUUCUGAAGAUGCUGAAGUGUUAUGCAGUGCGGCAGCGGUCCAAGUGGGGAUGCUGAUUUAAGUAAUGUCUGAUGGUUUCAUGCAUAUGUAUGUAAGAUGUGUACACUAUGGAUGCUGAUUGAAAUACUGUCUGAUGGUUUCAUGCAUAUGCAUGUAAGAUGUGUACACUAGUUGAGCAA